CCAGGGUGAGAUACUAACAUUGGUCAUAAGUUAUAUGGAUGACACAAAUGUAUUAUAAUUAUGUGCAUAUUGUGUAUGUACCUUGCUCAUUGUAUUAUGUACAUGUUCCAUUACCAACCGCUCGAAAAUUCGACGCGGCAGUAUGAUGAACUUUCAAACGCGUAUAAACAUGGACUAAUGAGCAAAUGAAGUAAUCACGCACUCACGAUAUCGACCA